UCGGGAAAAGGCCCCGCGCGGAGACCGGGCCUCGGAGGUUCCGCCUGGCGGCCGGCGGGUGGACGCCAUGGGGUCGGCGGCCGUGGAGCGCUUCGUGAGGCGACAGCUGGCCCUGCUGCAGCUCGAGAGGGACGCGGAGCUGGAGGAGCGCAGGUCCUGGCAGGAGGGCGUGUCGCUGAAGGAGCUUCAGAGCCGCGGGGUCUGCCUGCUGAAGCUGCAGGUGUCCGGCCAGAGGACCGGGCUGUACGGGCGGCGGCUGGUCACCCUGGAGCCCAGGCGAGGUGUGGCCACCCCCACGCUCCCCAGCAACAGCUUCACCUCCGGUGACAUCGUGGGCCUGUAUGACUCCAGCGGGGACAGCCAGCUGGCCUCGGGCAUCCUGACCCGCAUCUCCCCGACGUCCGUUACCGUGGCCUUGGACGAGUCCCAGGACGCCCAGCUGAGCCUGCCGGAGGGCUCCUACAGGCUGCUGAAGCUGGCCAAUGACGUCACCUUCCGGCGGCUCAGGAAGGCCCUGAGCUCCCUCAACAAGUACCACUCCGGCCCAGCCUGCCCCCUCAUCGAGGUGCUGUUCCAGGAUUCAGCCCCCAGUCCUGCCACCGAAGGCGGCCCGCUGACCUUCUUCAACACCGGCCUGGACGCCUCCCAGCAGGAAGCCGUAUCCUUCGCACUGGCCCAGAAGGAGCUGGCCAUCAUCCACGGCCCCCCGGGCACCGGCAAGACCACCACGGUGGUGGAGGUCAUUCGUCAGGCCGUGAAGCAGGGCUUGAAGGUUCUGUGCUGCGCACCCUCCAACGUGGCCGUGGACAACCUGGCAGAGCGGCUGGCAGGCGCUGGGCUGAGGCUCCUGCGUCUGGGGCACCCUGCCCGCCUGCUCGCCACGGCCCAGCAGCUCAGCCUGGACGCCGCCCUGGCCCGCGGGGACGCUGCCGGCAUCCUGGCUGACAUCAGGAAGGACAUCGACCGGCUCUUUAGCAGGAAGUCCCAGGCCAGCGGUGAGAGGACAGACUUCCGGGCAGAGCUGCGGGAGCUGAGGCGGGAGCUGCGGGAGCGUGAGGAGGCGGCCACGCUGCAGAGCCUGGCUGCGGCCGACAUCAUCCUGGCCACCAACACAGGAGCGUCCCCUGAUGGGCCCCUGAAGCUACUGCCCGACGGCCACUUCGACAUGGUGGUCAUUGACGAGUGCGCCCAGGCCCUGGAGGCUAGCUGCUGGGUCCCCCUGCUCCGUGCCCGCAAGUGCGUGCUGGCCGGAGACCACAGGCAGCUGCCGCCGACCACCGUCUCCCUCAGGGCCGCGCAGGGCGGGCUGGCGCUGAGCCUCAUGGAGCGGCUGGCGGACGCCGUCCCGGAGUCGGUGCGCCUGCUGACAGUGCAAUACCGCAUGCACCGCGACAUCAUGCUCUGGGCCUCCCGCGCGCUCUACGGCGGCCGGCUCCUCGCCCACCCCUCGGUGGCCGGGCGCCUGCUGCGAGACCUCCCGGGCGUGGAGGACACGGAGGAGACGGGCCUGGCGCUGCUGCUGGUGGACACGGCGGGCUGUGGGCUAUGCGAGCUGGAGGAGGCCAGCGAGCUGUCCCGGGGCAACCCCGGCGAGGUGCGACUGGUCAGUCUGCACGUCCAGGCGCUGGUGGACGCGGGCGUCCGGGCGGCCGACAUCGCCGUCAUCUCCCCCUACAACCUGCAGGUGGACCUGCUGAGGCAGAGCCUGGAGCCCCAGCACCCGGAGCUGGAGAUCAGGUCUGUGGACGGCUUCCAGGGCCGCGAGAAGGAGGCCGUGCUCCUGUCUCUCGUCAGGUCCAACAGGAAAGGUGAGGUGGGCUUCCUGGCAGAGGACCGACGGAUCAACGUGGCGGUGACCCGUGCCCGGCGCCACGUGGCUUUGGUCUGUGACUCUCGUACGGUGGGCAGCCACCCCUUCCUGCGGACCCUGGUGGAGCACAUCACCGCCCACGGCCAGGUGCGCACGGCCUUCGAGUACCUGGACGACCUCGUUCCUGAGAACUACUCUCACGAGGGCUUCCAGGGCCCCGGCCCCGCCGCUGCCAAAUCCCAGGGCACUGCCACCUCUGCCAGGAAGCCCCCCAGACAGCGGCGGGAAGUGGCCAGGCCAGAGCAGAAGGCGGCGGGCGGGAGGCCCCGAGGCCUGGAGAGCCGGACCAGGCCCAGCCUUGCCCCCACCGAGGGCGGCCCCCAGAGAGCUGACCGCUUCCGGGAGCUGCUGGUCGAGUUCCUGGCGGAUGGGCGGACGCGGCUGGACUUCCCGGCCUCCCUCAGCGCCCACGAACGCCUGCGGGUGCACCAGCUCGCCGAGGAGCUGGGGCUGCGGCACGAGAGCUCGGGGGAGGGCCGGGACCGCUUCCUCACUGUCAGCAAGAGGGGCCCCCCCCGAGCCCGCCUCCACACAGCCCUCGGCCCCCGGCCCCCCCACGCACAGCCCCCGGCCCCUCUGCCCCCGGCCCCCAGCCCCGCCCCCGCACAGCACCCGGCCCCCUCGCCUCAGGCCCCCAGCUCCCCCCACACACCGCACCCCCAGCCCAGAGGCCAGGCUCCCCCGGACCUGAAGGCCUUGCACCUGGAACGGCAGCAGAGGGCGGGAGGCCGGGCCAGGCUGGAUCCUGGGGGGCCGGAGCAUCGCAGACCAGCCCCGAAGAGCAAGAAAAAGGAGGCGGGAGGACGCCCCGCUGCGGAGCAGGAGGACUUCGACGCCCUGGUCGAGGCCGCCGUGAAGGCCGACAGCACGUGUGCCCUCGGCCCCUGCGUGGCCAGCGUGGUGACCCUGGGCCAGCUGUGCCACCACUGUGGCCGCCGCUUCUGCCUCAGCCACCACCUGCCCGAGGUGCACGGCUGUGGAGAGAGGGCGCGUGCCCAGGCCCGCCAGAAGCUCAGCCGGGAGGGCGCCCGGGGACCGGGCAGCGGCGGCAGGGGGCGCACCCUGGAUCCCACCAGGAGGGCGCAGCUGCAGCGACGGCUGGACCAGAAGCUAGACGUGCUGACCAGCCAGCGCAGCCGCAGGAAGGAGCGGGAGAAGUGAUGAGAGCGGACAGAGGGCGUCCCCGUCCUGCCGCCUGCUCCUCUCACGGACGCGUCCCCACCGGCCACCGGGCCUCCAGGAGCGCGCCUGCCCUCGGACCGGGGGUCUGUGUCCACCUGCUGUGUGCCCCCGGGCUCUG